AAAAAAUAAAUGGGCAACGAACCAUCAGCUCCAAAUGAUAAGAUUGAUUUCUUAAGACCAGUUUAAAAGAAGGCACCUGAACCAACUUAAAUCAACAAAGUAUAGUAGAAUGAAUGGAGAAUUGGAUUGCAACAUCCUCAUCUCUUGUAAACUUUGGGAGGACAACCUGAAGGUGAUUAGUAUAGAUAUUUUUUUGAAUACUGUCAAAUCACUUUAACAUCUCUACUUUAGGAACGAUAUGGAACAAAAAAGUACUUUCCUGAAGAAGACUUAUAGGCAUUGCUUUUAGGUAUAAGCAGUGCAUUGAGUUUCUUAUAAGAAAAGGGAUUGUCACAUGGAGGUAAAUAUAAAUGAUUUAUCAAUUAGAUAUAUGUACAACAGAAAUCUUUUUCGAUUCAAACAGUUCAAGUUUCAAAGUUUUGGAUUCAAAUUUAAUUAAUGGAAGAGGAGCUUCUAUUCAAUAAUUAUUAUCAGGAAAAUUGAAAUAUCUUGCACCUGAAAUAUUACAAAACCCAACACAACCAUUAUCUGAGUUGCAAUUGAGUAAAGGUGAUGUUUGGUGUUUGGGUAUGGUUAUGUUAGAAGCAAGUACUCUUAAACAAAAUGACAAUCUCUAUUAGAAUGGCUUAUAAUUUAGAUUGAUCUAGGAUAGAAUUAACGAAGUAGCUUAAAUUUACAAUUUACAAUAUGCUGAGAAUAUAGCUCUGAUGCUUAAUUUCAAUCCAAAUGAGAGAUUAGAUCCAGUAAAUCUAUUUAAUUAUCUACUUGAAUAAUAAAGAACUACAAAUGAAUAAGAUUAAUAGGUUGUUUAACAAUAGUAAUAUUAACAAUUACUUCAGUAAUAAUAAUUAUAUUAAUAAUAAUUAUGUUAACAAUAAUAAUAAUAGUAAUAAUAAUAGUUAUUAUAUUAAUAACCCUAGUAAUAGUAGUAGUAACUAACAUAUCAAUAGGCUUAAUAAUCUCAAUUAUAAUAUUAACAAUAACCUUUAUAAUAUUUACCUUAAUAAGUUGAAUAAUUAAACUUUUAAUAAUAAUAGGCAUAACUACCAUAAUUACAACAAACUUAAGUCAAUACCUAAUACUUUUAACAAUAAUAAUAGAUAAUUUAAUAAUAAUAAUAAUAAUAAUAAUAAUAUAAUACUCAAUAAACAUAAUAUUAAUAAUAAUCAUAGCAAUAUACUUAGACUUAAUAAACAAGAUAAAAUUAUCAUCAAUCAAGACCAUCCUAAGAUUUUAUGAUGACUUAACCUGAUAUGAAUCAAACUAUGUAAGGUGGUGUUUCUAGAGAAAGAGUUCCUACCAAAAUUAUUAAGAAAUUAGUUUAUCCUGAUGGUAGAGUUGAAUACUAAGAGAAAUCACAAUCAGCUUCAAGAAUGGGUAUUUUAUUAUAUUAUUAUUAAUUUUAGUCCAAUAACCCUAAUAAUAGAAACCAUAAUAAAUGAUUCCUUAAUAAUAAUAAUAACCAUAAGCAAUGCCACAGUAAUAAUAAAUAAUGGCUCAAUAAUAAUAAAUGAUAUCUUAAUAAUAAUAAUUGAUGGCUUAAUAAUAAUAAUAAUAAUAAUAAUAAUAACAAUAAUAAUAAUAAUAAUAAUAAUAGUUUGUUUAGUAACCUUAAUAUAAUCCAUAAUAUUAAUAACAAUAAUAUUAUUAAUAACCAUAACCUUAAUAUUAAUAAAGGUAGAAUGUUCUUGGUAAUAUUGAAAAUUAAAUGCAUGGUGUUUCUAAUGAAUAAAACAUUACUAGAUUAAAACAAGAAAUUGACAACUCAAAAACUUUAAUUUAAUAAUACAAUCAAUAAAAACCUUAAUUUUAAACUGAAUCAAUUGAGGAAAGAAUAAGAAAAGUUAUUGCAUAAUCAUAAGCAUUAAGAGAAAACUUUGCCUGA